AUGUCUGUGUCUCCGCCUGCAGCUCUGACGGACCCCUGCUCUGAGGUGACCUGCAGCUACGGCAGCACCUGCGCCGAGUCCUCGGACGGCGUGUCAGCUAAAUGCAUGUGUCCCCUCGGCUGCGAGGGCAAGCGCGAACAGACCGUGUGCGGCAGCGACGGGAAGGACUAUCGCAACGAGUGUGAGCUCCAUCAGCAUGCCUGCAAGAACCAGAAGAACAUCAGAGUGCAAUACCAAGGGAACUGCGACCCAUGUAAAGACAAUGAGAACAGUCUGACCACGCAGUGCCGGGUGGAGAGCAUCACCCGCCAGUCCAUCUUCUCUCCCCUGCCGGAGUCGUGCCCCCCGGGGGGCGAGCCUCUGUGUGCCAGUGACGGACAUACAUACCCCAGCAAGUGCGCCAUGGAAGCAACCGGCAGGCGGAAAGGCAUCAAGGUCAAGAAGAUCCACAAUGGGAAAUGCAGAAGGGAGGAUGACUGUCAGGAGGAGUGUCUCUUCAACGCCGUGUGUCUGGUGGAGCAGCUGAAAGCCCGCUGCUCCUGCGACCCCAUCGAGUGCGACGGAACCUACAAGCCCGUGUGCGGCAAGGACGGCCAGACCUACACCAACGACUGCAUGCGACGCAAGACCGAGUGUCUGAGCAAGACCCUCAUCUCCAUCAAGCAACAGGGGCCCUGUGAUCUCAGCAUACCGAGCCCCUGCCUUGUUAAGGUGUGUGAUCACGGGGCGGUGUGCGUGGUUGAAAACGACGUGCCGGUGUGCGAGUGCCCCGAGGCCUGCCCGCAAACAUCGGACCCCGUGUGCGGAUCCGACGGCCACAGCUACGGGAGCCCCUGUGAAAUGAGAGCGAUGGGUUGCGCCCUGCAGAAGGCCAUUCACAUCCAGCACAAAGGACCCUGUGAUGACUCUUGUGCCAACUGCUCUUUCGGGGCAAUCUGCGAUGCCCAGAGCGGGCAGUGUGUGUGUGCGUCGGAGUGUGUCACGUCCCACCAGCCUGUGUGUGGCAGCGACGGAAGCACCUACAACAGCGAGUGUGAGCUGCACGUGCGCGCCUGCAAACAACAGAUGGAUCUCCGAGUGGUCAGCCAGGGCGAGUGCAAAACAUGCGGCAGCACCGUGUGUGCCUGGGGGGCCCGCUGCGUCCAUAAUAUGUGCGAGUGCCCGCAGUGCUCGGGCGAGGCCUUCUCCCCGGUGUGCGGCAGCGACGGCACCACCUACAACAACGAGUGUGAGCUCCGCACGGCCUCCUGCGAGCAGAAGAGGAAGAUCGAUGCAGCCAAGCCCGGCAGCUGCGACGAAGACUGCGGCUCAGGAGGGUCAGGAUCAGGCGCGGAGAGCUGUGAACAGGACCGCUGUCGCAUGUUUGGAGGCUCGUGGGACGAGGAUGCCGAGGACGAUCGCUGUAUGUGUGACUUCACCUGUCAGAGUGUGCCUCACAACACGGUUUGUGGCUCGGAUGGCAAAAACUACAGCAACGAGUGCCAGCUGAAGAAGGCCAGAUGUGAGAAACAGGAGCACUUGUUGAUUCAGAAUCAGGGAGCCUGUGCAGCGAUUUCAGCCACAUCUCUACUGGAGCUGUCGGAGCCCCAGCACUGCAGCGAGUCUGUGUACGGCUGCUGCCACGACAACAUGACUGCUGCUCUAGGAGUCGGACUGGCUGGAUGUCCGAGUACGUGUCAGUGUAACGUCUACGGCUCCUACAAGGGGACGUGUGAUCCCGCCAGCGAACAGUGCUCCUGUAAGCCAGGCGUGGGCGGACAGAAGUGUGACCGCUGCAAACCGGGCUUCUGGAACUUCCGCGGCAUCGUGACGGAGAACAUCGGCGGAUGCACGCCGUGUAACUGCGACGCCGCGGGCUCGGUUCGGGACGACUGUGAGCAGAUGUCGGGCCUCUGUUCCUGCAAGACGGGAGUGAAGGGCAUGAAGUGCAACCUGUGUCGAGAUGGAAGCACCAACGGCUGCGACAAAGGUCCAGAGCCCCCCACCUCAUGUGAGGAGUUAGUGUGCAGUUACGGAGCUACAUGCAUCGAGGUGAACGAUCAGGCCCACUGCGAGUGUCCUUCCCCAGACUGCAACGAAAAAAACAAAACCAAGGUGUGCGGCUCAGACGGGGUGACCUACGCCGACCAGUGCCAGCUGAGGACCAUCGCCUGCAGGCAGGACAAGGACAUCACGGUGCAGCACUCCGGACAGUGCACAGGACACGUGCCAAAGGCCAGGGUUUUCAUGUACAGGGAAGAUGUUGCACCGAGUGCAAGCCUGUGUCACAACGGGGUCCAAAAGACGUCGUCAGUGAGCUCGGUGGGGGGGAGCAGGGCCAGCUGUGUGACUCUGGCCACGGGCCACGGCCAGUUCAAGAGGAUGCUGAACAGAGAGCUGUCCCACCUGUCAGAGAUGAGUCGCUCCGGCAACCAGGUGUCAGAAUACAUCUCCAGCACCUUCAUGGACAAGCAGAACGAGGCGGAGAUCCCGUCUCCCACCCUGAAGGAUAAAUCCAUGAGUCACAUCACCGGCGUGAGGAAACUCUGCCACAGCUCCAGCCUCUCCAGCUCCUCCAUGCCUCGCUUCGGCGUCAACACAGACCACGAGGACGAGCUCGCCAAGGUCUGA